AUGAGACAAAGAAAGCAUUGGAAAUUGUUCAGUGAGUUUGACACUAAUCUCUUAAAAAGAUUUAGAACCACUUUGUCUUCGCCAUUAUCUAAGCCAUGUGUAGAUAACGAAGCAAAAUUAUUGUAUAUAAAUCUGAAAGAGUUACUUGCUCAGAUCUACCUUUGCUACGGUAAUAGUCGUAAAGCAAUGAAAGUAUUUCGAUUACUAAAAGUUGAUUCCCCAAGUUCAUCAGAACAAUAUAGGAAAAUGAUCAGAACUAGUUUCCGACUGAUGAAUUUACUAAAUGAAAUUCCGAAAGAAGUCUCUAAUACAAAAGAUUAUAUUGUGUCUUCUCGUGUCCAUGAAAAGUUGGGUGACUUAUAUUCCGGAAUCGAUCUUCAAGGUUGUGCAGUCCGACACUAUAGGUUUAUGUUAGGAUUCUCUGAACUUGCCUAUAAACAAUAUUGUUCAGAAUCAGGAGUUGCUCCAAAUGAAGUUAUCGAACUUGUUGAUGCUGCUUUAAUAUCUGUGGCUGAAACUUAUCGUACACUUAGCUGUUAUGAUCAAUGUGCUGAGAUGUAUAAACGUGAAAUUUUAUGGGCCACAUCCACUGGACUAUCCACAAAGGAUAUAGCUACAAGUUGGUUAAGUUUAGCACAAGCCCAACGUUUAAUUUCAAUAAUCGAUUCCUGUACAGUUUCUAAUGAUAAAAAUAUUGAAGCUGACCAAAAGAUUAUUCUGAAUGGUUCAGCAACUGCAUUAGACUCAUUGUUAUCUGCUUAUAAAGCUUCCAAGUUGACUGGAUCUAUGUCUUUAAUUGCUGAUUGUUUAAAGGAACUACUAGACUAUUAUGAACAGUAUAAUUAUAGAGAUAAGUCACAGAAAACACGUCAAGAACUAGAACAAAUUAAACAGACAUGUGAUGCUCAAUCAGAUCAUCAAGAAGAAGAUAACGAACAGAAAGAUGAAGAAGAAGUAGGAGAUAGUGAUAAGAAUACAUCAUCGAUUAGUGAUGAUGAAACUGGUGUUACACAAUUUUUAGAGACACUCUCCUCUGAUUCAGAACUUGAACAGUAUAUAGGAAGUGCAGAACUUAUGGAUGAAUUCCAGGAUACCAUGAAGGGUAAAAAUCCGACCAAUAUGAAGGGUGAAACACCGUUACAUGUGGCUGCAAUCAAUGGUGAUAUGAAUCAUGUAGUAAAAUUAAUUGAAGUCUUGGGUCAUCCAGUAAAUGUACCUGAUGGUGCAGGUUGGCUGCCUAUACAUGAAGCAGCAUUUCAUGAUAGGUCAGAAAUAGCCACUUAUUUACUUGAUCAUGGUGCGAAAAUAGAUGAUACAGGUUAUCCGGACGAUUAUUCCACACCACUUUUUGAAGCCAUUCACAAUGGAGCAUUGACUACUGCGUUGAUUUUCGUAAAUAGGGGAGCAAAUUUAUGGCACAAGAAUAAACAAGGAGAGUAUUUAUCAAAUCUGUUAGACCAAUGGGAACCAACACGUCAUGCGUCUGGAACAUUUGCUGAACAACGCGCUAAAUUCAGUGAACUUUUGGCUGCGAUAAGAAGUCGUCUUGGUGCUGAUUAUGAUAGUUGGUGUAAUCUUAAAAGAGAAACUCCUGAAAACCAUUCCUCCGAUGAUUCCGAGUCAUCAGUAGCAAUAAAAAAUAAUACUAGUAAUCAAAAAUCGUAUUCACGCCAUCCUUGCUCUGGUUCCCGUUCGUCUUCUUUAUGUGAAACCUGGGAUUCAGUACCACCGAUCUCAUCUAAAACAAAAUUCAACAGAAAAUCUCUUCGUAGCCGAAAUUGGGAUGAUUUAAUGGUUGAUUUGGACCAAGAUGAGAACAGUCAACCAUCAUCUCCUGUUAAAUUGAAGAAAUCAGUCAAUGCAGUUGAAUCAUAUAAACAAGCUAUGAAAGCUAUUGGUAGUUCAAAAACACGUUUUGUGGAUAAGUGCGAGUCAUCUGGUAAUACAGACAGUAUGGACUUAGCAAAACGUAGAAAGAAAUCACAUGUAAUCGAUGCAAACGACAGUGAUUGGUUGAUUUUAGACGAAAAACCAAAAGGGUCUCGAUCUGUUUCCAGUACAACUGUGAAAGAACACUUUGAUGCUUUGAAUUUUAAACGUGGAAAAUGUACUGCAUUACCACCGAAAUCUACUUCUACGCCGAUUAAAUGUAAUAAGCAAUUGAAUCAUUCCUUCAAAGAAUCUUCACAUUCUGGUAAAGAUAGUUCAGUUAAUACGAAUAACUGUCUACCACCAGCUACAGUUAAUAAUGAUCAGUUAAAACUACCCAAACUCCCUACGAAUGAAUUUCCAGAAACAACAUCUUGUUCAGUUAAAGUAGCGUUUUCUGAUAUAUCGGUAUUGGUUCCUGUUGAUUCAAUGUCGCGCAGUGUAUCAUGGUUAGCAACUGAAGCAUAUCGUCGACGUCAAAUUCUUUUGGGAUUUAAUUCUAAUAUUCCUAUCACAGAAUCCGGUGAACAAUUAGUUCGUCUAUGUACCAGAGAUCGAGCUCUAUUACUUCCUUCAGAUCGUUUAUUUUCAAUUAUUCCAGUUUUAAGUCAAUCUGGAUCAGUUGUUGAACUUUUAGCUGAAUUAAACGAGUCUGUUGUUACUCAAAAAACUCCAACUAAUCCAUCAAAUCAACAUAUUCAAUCACACUUAAAUUAUGAGUCAAAGUCAAAUAAACUCCCUCAAGAUACUAUAUCACCAUUCCUCCAUUCAGUCAUUGAUAAAGCACGGAAUAUUGGAGUUGUGGAUUUAUCAAAUCUUUCUCUAGAAGAUAUAGAAUGUUGUAAAUUGUUAGGUCAACUAGUUCGUGAUGGUGGUAUCCGAGUGAUUACAGAAGUAAAACUCCAGGGUAACUCUUUAACUACGGAUAUUAUAGAUACAAAACAAUUUUCUUCUAUGAAUUGUAUUAAUUUAACAGAUUAUUUAUGUCAACUUUCACUACAUCUGGUUAAAUUAAAUUUAAGUAUGAAUUUAUUCAAUGAACAAUUUUUCAGUCGAUUUCUAUGCUCUUUAUCGAAGAGAUUCAAAGAAGACAAGGGCUCGGAUGUACUUAUGCCACGACUUCUUUAUUUAAAUCUUUCAUAUAAUCCAUUACUUGGUUGUAAUAUGAAACAAGAUAAUUUAGAGAAUACUAAUUCAUUAGAAUAUGACCUGUCAACAAAUCAUAAUAAUUGUUGGAUAAGAUUUAUUGAAACUAUUUUAAAAGUAUUCCCUAAAUUGAAUUAUUUGAAUCUAACUGGAUGUUCACUUGGUGGUACUAAUACAAUGAAUGUAAAUUAUCAAAAUGAACAAAUGUUUCAUAGUUUGUCUACAGAUUCAUUUGUAUCCUGUUUAUCAGAAUUGGAUUUAAGCUGGAAUCCUCAAAUCUCUCCUAAUCAAUUAAAUUAUUUAUUAUCUAUGAAUUGUUUAAAAGCUUUAAAAUGUUUACGUUUAAGAGGAUGUUCUACAUUUCAAAGCAUUUCAACAAAUAAACAAUGCCCAAUAAAUCUUCCUGUUAGUACACUGGAAGUAUCAUCUUUAAGUUGGUUAAAUAAUAAUUCAUCUGAAGUGUUUAUGAAGAAUUUGGAAAAAUUUAAUACUUUCAAGGAAUCCUCGUUUGGUGAUCAAUUAUUGAAUUCAAUUUGUUCAGCAUUAAUUAAAGGAAAUAUUCGCUUACAAAUAUUGGACAUGGGUCAUUGUCAAUUAACUUAUCAUUGUUUAACUAGUUUGAAAAGUUUGUUUGGAACACCUGGAAUAUCUAUAACCACUCUAAUAAUUGAUCAUAAUCCAAUGUUAAGAAAUGUAGUUGUUUCAAAUAAUUGUCCUUUUCCAUCAUGGAUUCAAAUACUUCAGGCUAUUGCUCAACCGGCUUCAGCAGUAGUUAGUUUAACAAUUGAUUUACCUGAAAUCCCUGAUAAUGAUUCAGAUGCUUUAACUGCUGCAUUUAAUUCAGUUGAAGCAAAACUAUUACCAACUAUAUCAUCGACACCUUUACAAGAAUUAGUUAUUAUUUAUAAUGAAGUAAGAAUCAAUGAUGAUUGGACUGUUGAGAAUUUUUCGAAUCAUAAUAAUAAAUCAAUGAAAUCCCGUUUCCUUUUUAUGUUAUCCAAUUUGUUCACUAAACGUUUUGCAACAAAAUGCGGUCUUUUAAAUUCCAAUCAAAUGGCUGGAGAUGAGGAGGAGAGUUCACAGACUCCAGAUGAUACAGAUGCAGUGGUUAAUCAGCAAGUUAUUAACGAAGAACUAGUUACGUUGCCAGAAAAUAUAGCUAACAAGAUGCAAAGUGAAAUGCCAUUACUGAAUGAAUCUAUUGGUCGAAAAUCGCCUUCACAAACGAAAGAGAAGUUUGAAAAAUACACAUCGGAUCAUAGAAUUAUGCGUCGGAUUGUAGCUGAAGAUCCUAACUAUAAUUUAACUAUUGUACCACCGUUAGUUGAUUUGUGCUUAAAACAUUGCACAGAAAAUUUUGAAUAUAAUCCAAUACCAUUUAUGUAUAUGAAUGAAAAACAAAAACGUCGAUUAUUAGAUGCUUUACCACCGAAUUUAUCAUUAAAAGUAAUAUCACAUAUUAUUGAUGAUAAUGAUCCAUAUUGGAUACGUUGUUGCUAUGCAAAAUGGCCAAUUAUUGAUAUCACCCAAUAUGAUGGAUCAUGGAAACGUGCAUAUUUUGAACGUUUAUUAGAAGAAAUUAUUGAAACAUUUAUACCUGGUACAACAUAUACAUCCCGUUUAGAAGAAUGUGUUCAUUAUGCUGCACCAUAUAUUCAACGUCUUAUUAUUCAACAACUUUUACCUCCAUUAAAACAAAAAAAUAAACAAACUAAAUUGGAUGAUGAUUCCGGUACUGAAAGUGAAUUAGAACAAUCUCAUAUACCAUUACAAAUGGAUCAUUUAAAUUUCAGUUUAAUAUUAGAAAAAUUAUUUAAUUUAAAUGAAUUAAGUCUAACUUAUACAAUAAAAGAUUGUGGAAUGAAUUUUGAAUGUAGUCAUGUUAAUUCUGAACAAUGUCGUUUAUUAGCAACUCAUUUACAAAAUCAUCCAACAUUAGAAUGUUUAAAUUUAUCCCAUAAUUCAAUUGGUUAUCAUGGUAUACGUGCAUUAAGUAAAUUAUUAACUGGUAAAAAUCAUAUUAAAUCAUUAAAUUUAACAAAUAAUCAUUUAAAGUCAACAAGUGGUUUAACAUUAGCUUAUACACUUUCACAAUCAGAUUGUCAUUUAAUACAAUUGAAUUUACGUAUGAAUAAAUUACAAGAUGAUGGAGGUAUUGCUUUAGCGAAAGCAUUAAUUCAAAAUUCUACAUUGAAAGAACUUAAUUUAGCAGUAAAUGAUUUACAUGAAAAUACAGCAACAUAUUUUGGACAUGUACUUACACAGAAUAGUACAUUGACUCAUUUAGAUUUAUCAAAUAAUCAAAUAGGUGUAGUUGGCAGUAAAAAGCUUCAAGAUGGAAUGGAUCAGAAUUCAUCUUUGAUUCAUUUAGAUUUACGUUUCACUGGUAGUAGUCAAGAAGCGGAAUAUGCAAUAAGUCAACGGAUUGAAAUGAAUCAAGCAAUGAACUAUAAAUUACAACAAGAAAUUUCUGAUACAUAUCAGUGUAUACCAUGUGAAAUUACAAGUGUAGCUCGAAAACAACGAUCAAUUGUAGAACAACUUGGUGAAAUACUUUCACAUCUUUAA